UCUAAGAUAGUGGUUUAGCUAAUAUACAUACAACACGAAGUACUGACACACGAUGUCUCGUGUGUUAUCCCUUUCCUUUGGUGUUUGGGUUGUCCUGUUGUAUCCUAAAUGUGACGAGCAGCAACUUGAAUGUUACGACUCCCGUUUCCAACAGCAGCUACCCAUUCAUGACAGAGUAUGGUGACUUACCAGGGGACUACAACCCAGACGCCGUUCCAGCGGAUGAUACAGUCAACUGUGGCAUCUAUAUCCUGGACCUGGGUCAUUUUUCAGAGCGACUGAUGAAAUACGAGAUCGAGUUCUACCUACAUUGUGAUUGGGUCGACCGUCGACUGGCCAAGGAAAGCCUCCUGCCGGACCGGGCUCACCAGAUCUGGUUACCUCGCAAUGACGCGGGAAAGGCCAUCCUGAUCUGGACCCCCACCGUGCAGUUCAACAUGGCCAAGGAUGUAGAGGAAAGUGGGGAAUACCUUUACGGGCGGUGGGAUGGGACCGUUACUAAGAUCAUGAAGUAUGUUGUGACGGAACAAUCUAAUUGAAUUUCCUAUGAUUGAACUUGCCACUUAAUAUAUAUGCAAGUUCCUAGGAUUUCUCUGGGUGGGUCAGAUGGUUUGGUUUAUCAUAUCAUUGAAACCUUGUCCCGCUGACGAUUUUUUAUGCAUAGUUAACUAACCCCCCCCCCACCCGGGCUGAAACACA